CAAAGUGGAAGCUGCGUCGCCCACUCGGGAAAGCUGAAAAGCCUUCGAAUUUGCCGGUGAAUGAAAGGAGCAGUGGCGAUUCGCCUCGACUUCUGUCGACGUGCCGGGAAAUUUCAGUUCUCCUGCCCCUGCAUCUUGCUGCAUCUCCAUUUCAUCCUUCCUGUCCGUCCUCUGUGAAUCACUUCAGUUGAGUGUGGCUGCCUCCUCCCGGACCACACUUGUUAGAAGGUGCCCAUUUCAACCUCAUUCGGGACACAUCCGCUUCGAAAUCUGGGAGCGCACGACGUUACGUCUUCGUUCAUUCUCUUUUCACCUGAGAAUUUCACCGCUCGUUUAUUGGUGGUCUGAUUGUCUGUUUUUUUUUUUUUUUCCCUAAGACCUGUUGCCUGUCUAUCACUUUGUCGAUCGGGCAUAAUCUCUUACCUUACGAGAUUCCUCAGGACGUUCCCCGCAGUCCGAUACCUUGCCUUUAUUUGUCCAUCAAAUACUGGUCGAAUUUAGGAACCUCCUUUUCAUAAAAAAGAAAAAAAAACCACACUUCAGAAGCACCUGGUCAACCCCGUUUCGGUGUUACCCUGCCCAUUUCAACUUGAGACUUCUCGUUCAAUAGGUCGAACUGGUUUAUCACAGAAGAUGGUCAGAACCAGAAGAUCCGUGGUUGCGGCCGACGAGGUUGUUGUAGCAGCACCCAUCGCGGAAAUCAAGAAACCUCGUGGUCGGCCUCGCAAAUCGGCCACCCCAGCCGUUAGUGCCACGGCGUCUUCCGUACCGACUCCGGCGACAUAUACAUCUGGUAGUGAGUAUGCUACGCCGCUUACCAGUCAUGCUGCGACCCCGACGCCAUCUCUACUCAAGGAGAACGUACGGUCUACCAGGUCGACUCAGUCCGCACCAAAGAUUGAGGUUGCUAUACCCGUUCUCAAGGCUUCACAUACCAUGCAAACAACGCUUCGCAGUAGUGCCUCUGCUACAACUAGCAAGCGGAAGAGAAACAUGGUGGCAGACAGCCAGGAAGAUGACUCAGAUGAUGGUCACGAUGCAAAACUUGCGCGGAUGCUUCAGGACGAGGAAGAUGCAAAGGUAGCAUCAUCAUCUAAAACACCCUCUUUUCGAGUUGAUCAUUUGGGCAGUACCCCGCGUAGCACGCGGUCUUCUCAUCGGGGGAACACCAAUGUCUCGAGCAGCAAGACCAAGAAGGAGGUCAUUGCGGACAGCGAGGAUGAUGGUUUUGACGAUUCUCCUGAUGCUACACUUGCCCGGAAACUUCAGGCUGAGGAAUACGGAGAGGAAGAUUCCGAAGUGGAAGCGGCCACAUCCAACGUUAAGGCACUUGGACUUCGUCGCAGUUCGAGAAGGCUCAACUCGUCUCCAGUCCGGGCGUCAUCCAACGUCACUGGCAAAUCUACCGCCGUUGCAAAAGGAAAUCAGUCUGCACCUACACGGAACUCCACUAGGCGUGGUGUUGCAGAGUCUUCGACUCAAGUUCUUGGCUUUAGGACAGCUAAAGACUUGAUUGCCGAUUCACAGGAUGACGACGAUGAUUUUGAUUCUCUGUCGGCUUUCGAAUCUGAUGAUAAUGAUAGCGAUGUCAGCGCCCAGGGAGGUCGCCCUUCCGCGGCCCAGAAGGGUAAAGGAAAGGCGAUCGCGCCCCCGCCAGAGUCGGAGGACGAGAACGAUAGCGACGAUUCUGUCCUAUCGCUUCCAGACGAGGCAGACGAAAUGUCGGUUCUAGGUACUGGCAGUUACGUGUCCAUUGACGAGGACCCUGAUUUCCUUUUACCCCCCAACUUGCAGGCUUCGGUUCACGGUAGCGACGAUGAUGAAGACGCCACUUUGGGUGCCCAUAUCGCUGAGGCCGGAGAGGGUCUUGAUCGUAUCAGGGCACAAAUGAGCAACCGGCGUGCGUACCGAUCGUACCGGAGCAAUAGGCGCGUUAAGAAAGACCGACUCCGUCUCGAGAAGCAACACCCCGAACUCACGACGAUGUGGAAAGACCUGGAGAACAUGCCCGUUUUGAAGGCUGGUAGGGCUGAACAGCCAAAGUCCAUUUCACGACAGCUGAAGCCUUUUCAGCUCGAAGGGUUGGCCUGGAUGACAGCAAUGGAAAAGACAGAGUGGAAAGGAGGACUUCUCGGCGACGAGAUGGGCCUGGGCAAAACAAUUCAGGCAGUGUCCCUGAUCAUGUCAGAUUAUCCCGCUAAGAAGCCUUCACUCGUUCUUGUGCCUCCUGUGGCCUUGAUGCAGUGGAUGACGGAGAUUGAGUCAUACACUGACGGUACACUGAAGACACUGGUCGUUCACGGUACCAACUCCAAGUCCAAGAACCUCACUGUCAAGAACAUCAAGAGCUAUGAUGUGAUUAUCAUGUCUUACAACAGUUUGGAGUCCAUGUACCGGAAGCAGGAGAAAGGCUUCAAGCGUAAGGAGGGGCUCUACAAGGAGAAAUCCGUCGUCCACCAGACCGAGUGGCAUAGAGUAAUUUUGGACGAAGCACAUAGCAUCAAGAGCCGAACGACGAUGACGGCCAAGGCAUGCUUCGCUCUCAAGGUUACAUAUCGCUGGUGCCUCAGCGGUACGCCGUUACAAAACCGCAUUGGAGAGUUCUUCUCUCUGAUCCGCUUCCUCAAUAUCCGGCCAUUCACAUGCUAUCUGUGCAGGGGAUGCCCUUGCAAGACCCUUGAAUGGGGCAUGGAUGAUGACAACAGGUGCAAGCACUGCAACCACAGCGCCAUGCAACACGUCUCAGUGUUCAAUCAAGAGCUCCUCAACCCCAUUCAGAAAUUCGGAAACCGAGGUGAGGGUGCUUUGGCCUUUAAGAAGCUUCGGAUCCUUACGGACCGCAUCAUGUUGCGGAGACUGAAGAAGGACCACACCAACGCAAUGGAACUUCCAGUCAAGGAGAUCAACGUCGAGCGCCAGUUCUUCGGCGAGGUAGAGAACGAUUUUGCAAACAGCAUUAUGACCAGCGGCCAGCGAAAGUUCGACACAUACGUGGCCACUGGUGUACUUCUGAACAACUACGCCAACAUUUUUGGACUCAUUAUGCAGAUGCGACAGGUUGCCGACCAUCCGGAUCUGAUUCUGAAGAAGAAUGGCGAAGGUGGUCAAAACGUGCUCGUGUGCUGUAUCUGUGACGAGCCUGCCGAAGACGCCAUUCGCUCCCGUUGCAAGCACGACUUCUGCCGUGUUUGCGUCAAGACGUAUGUGCAUUCGGCUACGGACCCGAACUGCCCUUCUUGCCACAUUCCUCUAUCCAUCGACUUGGAGCAGCCAGAGCUCGAGCAGGACGAGGCGCAGGUCAAGAAGUCAUCCAUUAUCAACCGGAUCAAGAUGGAGAAUUGGACCUCGUCAUCCAAAAUAGAGUUGUUGGUACACGAACUCCACAAGCUCCGAUCCGAUAACGCCUCGCAUAAGUCCAUCAUCUUCUCCCAGUUCACCACCAUGCUUCAGCUCAUCGAGUGGCGUUUGCGCCGCGCUGGUAUCACUACGGUCAUGCUUGACGGUAGCAUGACUCCAGCCCAACGCCAGGCUUCGAUCAACCACUUCAUGACAAACGUGGACGUCGAGUGCUUCUUGGUGUCCCUCAAAGCAGGAGGUGUCGCUCUGAACCUCACUGAGGCUUCGAGGGUUUUCAUUGUAGACCCUUGGUGGAACCCAGCCGCUGAAUGGCAAUCCGCCGACAGAUGUCACCGUAUUGGUCAAAGCCGACCUUGUACGAUCACCCGACUUUGCAUUGAAGACUCAGUCGAAAGUCGUAUGGUCCUUCUGCAAGAGAAGAAGACCAACAUGAUCAACUCGACAAUUAACGCUGAUGAUGCGGCAAUGGAUUCGCUGAGCCCUGAGGAUUUGCAGUUUCUGUUCAGAGGAAACUGAGCAUCACAGUUUUCAGCAUAGAGCGGUGCAUAUUUGGGGUUGCUCAUAAUUGCGCCUAUAUGUCUUUCUAUUUGUUAAGUGGUACUAAUCCUUGGACGCCCUUUAUGGGCUCCUCGUCGAAGGGUGUGUAAUUUUCAGCUUUCAAGGCAACCAGAGGAGGCAAGAUAGCUUGGCUUUACUGGCAGCCGAGCCAUUGGGACAAUAUUUUCCUUGCUUCUAUGUGGUGGCAACUCUUCACAUGUCAUUGACGGGACUGGACUUUUGUUUGAGCUGGCGAGGACAGUGUCAGAUUCAGAAGUAUAUAUGGUUCAAUUUGUGUGUUUGGAGCAUGGGAAUUAUUAGCUACAUGUCAAAGGAUGCAAGCAAAUGUCACAGAAUUCAAGGUAAUAAAAUCGAUUCAGAAACUC